AUAGGAAGUAUGAAGAGGACAGGAAAAAAACAAAUCCACAUCUCAAAGCAGCAGAGCUGUUGCAAGCAUAAACCACAAGGGUUUGUUUUCUGUUUUUUUUGUUUCUUUUUACCAGCACAGGUGCUUCUAAAGCAGCUGUACGCUGCAGGAAACUGAGCUUGUGAAGAGCUUUAGCUGUUAAAGAUGAGUGACUCGCUGGAGAGGACCACAGACUGUCCCUUGUCACUUCUUGGAGAUGAGUCCGGUCUGAAUGACGACAAAGGGAGUGCAGCAGUAGCAAGUGAGUUAAGUUGGGAAGAUGGAGGUCUGCCUGUGGAGCUGCAGAGAGGAAUGGAGAACCUACGAGUCAACAGAGAACUCACUGAUGUGACCCUGUGUGUUCAGGGACAUGACUUCCAUUGCCACAGGGCCAUUCUCGCUGCGGCCAGUCAGUAUUUCAGGGCAAUGUUUUGCAGUGGUCUCAAGGAGAGCCAUGAAGAGCGAGUGGAAAUUAAAGGGUUGGACAGCGGGACGAUGCGGUCUCUCCUGGAGUACACCUACACCAGCCGAGUCCUCCUCACACACUCAAACGUCCAGAGAAUACUCGAGGCUGCCAGUCAAUUUCAGUUCCUCCGUGUGGUAGAUGCGUGCGCCAGCUUUCUGACCAAGUCUAUGCAGCUAGAGACCUGUGUUGGGAUCCUGACUCUGGCUGACAGUCACGCUCUUUCAGCCUUGAGGACCAGAGCUCAGGACUACAUCACCACCCAGUUCUCUCAGGUAGUCCAGCAGCAGGACUUCCUGGAGGUGCCGGUGGAGUCUCUGGAGACUGUCCUGCAGAGGGACGACCUUGAUGUAAAGUGUGAGGAGUGUGUCUUUGAAGCGGUGAUGCGCUGGGUGAGAGCCCAGCAGGAAGAACGAUACCAACAGCUGGUCAGGCUGCUUUCACAUGUGAGACUUCCACUGAUGGAGCCGGCAUAUUUUGUGGAAAAAGUGGAGUCAGAUGAGCUGAUACGCCGCUGCAGUGAAGCUUUUCCUUUGUUGCAAGAGGCACGAACCUUCCAUCUCUCUGGCAGGGAGGUGGUCUCAGAACGGACCAAACCACGCGUGAACCACUUUCUAUCCGAGGUAUUCCUGAUAAUAGGAGGCUGCACUAAAGAUGAGCGCUUCAUUUCCACCGUCACCUGUUUGGAUCCUCUCAGACGCAGCCGCCUGGAGGUCGCCAGGCUGCCGAUGACAGAGAUAGAGGAUGAGUCUCAAAACAGAAAAUGGGUGGAAUUUGCUUGCAUCACCUUCCACAACGAAGUGUAUAUAUCUGGAGGUAAAGAGACGCAGCAUGACGUCUGGAAAUAUAAUGGCGCCCUGGACAAGUGGAUACAAAUCGAGCCUCUGUCAACUGGGCGCUGGAGACACAAAAUGGCAGUUCAUGGUGGGAAAGUGUACGCACUGGGUGGAUUUGACGGAGUUCAGAGACUCGCUAGUGUGGAGGCCUAUGAUCCUUUUCACAAUCGCUGGAUGCAGGUGACGCCUCUUGCGGUGGGUGUGAGCUCCUUUGCUGCUGCAAGCUUUGACAGAUGGAUCUAUGUGAUUGGUGGCGGGCCAAAUGGAAAGCUGGCCACCGAUAAGGUUCAAUGCUGGGAACCAGGAACAGACUGCUGGCAACUGCGGGCGCCCAUUCCCAUUGAAACCAAAUGCACAAACGCAGUUAUGUUCAAGAGCUGCAUUUAUAUAGUUGGUGGUGCCAUGCAUGCCAUGUACUGCUACUCUCCUUUGUCCGACUCCUGGACUCUUGUGACCCGUCUGGGAGAAAGGGCAAGUUGCGCCAUCGCUGCUUGUAACAACAAACUUUUCAUCACUGGAGGAAGAGAUAACAAAAACCAAGUCAUCUCCACAGUGAUGUGCUGGGAUGUCGACAGAGGGGUGUUGACAGAAGAGUGCGUUUUGCCGAUGGGGGUGUCGCACCACGGCAGCGUGACACUCAUGAAGUCCUACACACACAUUCACAGAAUAACACCUCUGCCAGAGGGCCAGUGACACACUUCUGGGAACAGGACUUCACUGUUGCUGAGAACUGAGACAUGGGAAGUUAAGAUGCCUUUAAAGAGAAGAAAACUGUAUUUGCACACAUUCUAUUGCUCAUUUUAUGUGAGUUGGCACUGUGAGGAGCAAAUGUAAGGAAACUAAAAUUUUGAAAACUUUAUUUUUAUACAGGGUUGCGCUUUAUUUUUUUCAAAAAUGUAAAAACAGCUUUUCUUUCUCUCCAUUUUUGGCUUCGUAGAAUAAACUUAACUUCACAUUUUCAGUACCACAGUCAAGCAGUAAUGCCACAAUAAUACAAAAGCAAAAAUAACUUGAAACAAAAUGAGUUCAGCAACAAUUUUAAAAAGUUGAAUCAGCAAUCUACAGCAGCAACAACAUUUUUGCACUUUAUUACAAUUUAAUUAACAUGUGAGUUAUCGGCUUCUACAGUAACAUGAAACUUGAAAAAUCCAGUUGGACUAUAAUGUUAUUUACAGAAUGUAGUGAUUUUGAAAUGUUGUUGAUGUACAUAUUACUAAAUAAAAACACUGUCAAGCAAACUGCCAAA